CGCAGCUCUGACUAUUCGGACCCUCAGGGCAGAGCGCGAGGCGGCCACCUCGCUGCUCCGUGGAGCUGACGGCGUUCUGAGAUGUCCCAUUGCCAGCUAUAGUUUAGCUAGGCACACAGCUGUCCAACUACAGACGCAUUUUGCGCCCUCUUUUGCAGCUAGAAACGCCAUAUGCCUAAAGUUCUCACCAACAGAAGAUCUACAGAAAGAAAAGAAAACUUUCCAUGGAAAAAAUGAUAAACAGCAGUUGAGGAAUAUCAACGAUUAUUGCUAGACAUGUUCCAAACAAGCUAUGAUUUUCUUGGCAAAACAGCUCUAUCAAGAGUCUCACCAACCUCUCCCUUGAGGGACACAGAGACUAGGGCAAAGGAAAGAAAAACGAGGCUAGACACCUGUACCCAAUGGAAAAAGGAAGAACACACCUGGAGAGCAGCUCAGACAAAGGGAGCCAAGGAGGAAAAACAGUAAUUGGAGAGAGACUGCUUCCAAGCUGUUGCUGGUUUAUAAGAUGUUUGUGGAUUCUUCUGUGGGAUCAGAGGGCACGCCUAUUGUAAUCAGAAAACUCCAAGUAUAGCAGCAGGGAUGGAUGAACAGGCUCUUUUAGGGCUAAAUCCAAAUGCUGAUUCAGACUUCAGGCAAAGGGCCCUGGCCUAUUUUGAGCAGUUGAAGAUUUCCCCAGAUGCCUGGCAGGUGUGUGCAGAAGCUCUGGCCCAGAGGACGUACAGUGAUGAUCACAUUAAAUUUUUCUGCUUUCAAGUACUAGAACAUCAAGUUAAAUACAAAUACUCAGAACUAACUACUGUUCAACAACAACUGAUUAGGGAGACACUCAUAUCUUGGCUUCAAGCUCAGAUGCUGAAUCCCCAACCAGAGAAGACCUUUAUACGAAAUAAAGCAGCCCAAGUCUUCGCCUUGCUUUUUGUUACAGAAUAUCUCACUAAAUGGCCCAAGUUUUUUUUUGACAUUCUCUCAGUAGUGGACUUAAAUCCAAGGGGAGUAGAUCUGUACCUCCGAAUUCUCAUGGCUAUUGAUUCAGAGUUGGUGGAUCGUGAUGUGGUACAUACAUCAGAGGAGGCUCGUAGGAAUACUCUCAUAAAAGAUACCAUGAGGGAACAGUGCAUUCCAAACUUGGUGGAAUCAUGGUACCAAAUCCUACAAAACUAUCAGUAUACUAAUUCAGAAGUGACAUGUCAGUGCCUUGAAGUAGUUGGGGCUUAUGUCUCUUGGAUAGACUUAUCCCUUAUAGCCAAUGAUAGGUUUAUAAAUAUGCUGCUAGGUCAUAUGUCAAUAGAAGUUCUACGGGAAGAAGCAUGUGAUUGUUUAUUUGAAAUUGUAAAUAAAGGAAUGGAUCCUGUUGAUAAAAUGAAACUAGUAGAAUCUUUGUGUCAAGUAUUACAGUCUGCUGGGUUUUUCAGCAUUGACCAGGAAGAAGAUGUUGACUUCCUGGCCAGAUUUUCUAAACUGGUAAAUGGAAUGGGACAGUCAUUGAUAGUUAGCUGGACUAAAUUAAUUAAGAAUGGGGAUAUCAAGAAUGCUCAAGAGGCACUACAAGCUAUUGAAACAAAGGUGGCACUGAUGUUGCAGCUUCUAAUUCAUGAGGAUGAUGACAUCUCUUCUAACAUUAUUGGAUUUUGUUAUGAUUAUCUUCAUAUUUUGAAACAGCUUACAGUGCUCUCUGAUCAGCAGAAAGCUAAUGUAGAGGCAAUCAUGUUGGCCGUUAUGAAAAAAUUAACCUAUGAUGAAGAAUAUAACUUUGAAAAUGAGGGUGAAGACGAAGCCAUGUUUGUAGAAUACAGAAAACAACUGAAGUUAUUGUUGGACAGGCUUGCUCAAGUUUCACCAGAGUUACUGCUGGCUUCUGUUCGCAGAGUUUUUAGUUCUACCCUGCAGAAUUGGCAGACUACAAGGUUUAUGGAAGUUGAAGUGGCAAUAAGAUUGCUGUAUAUGUUGGCAGAAGCUCUUCCAGUAUCUCAUGGUGCUCACUUCUCAGGUGAUGUUUCAAAAGCUAGUGCUUUGCAGGAUAUGAUGCGAACUCUGGUAACAUCAGGAGUUAGUUCCUAUCAGCACACGUCUGUGACAUUGGAGUUCUUCGAAACUGUUGUUAGAUAUGAAAAGUUUUUCACAGUUGAACCUCAACACAUUCCAUGUGUACUAAUGGCUUUCUUAGAUCACAGGGGUCUGCGGCACUCUAGUGCAAAAGUACGGAGCAGAACUGCUUACCUGUUUUCUAGAUUUGUCAAAUCUCUGAAUAAACAAAUGAAUCCUUUCAUUGAGGAUAUUCUGAAUAGAAUACAAGAUUUAUUAGAACUUUCUCCACCUGAGAAUGGUUACCAGUCUUUGUUGAGCAGCGAUGAUCAAUUAUUUAUUUAUGAGACAGCUGGAGUGCUGAUUGUUAAUAGUGAGUACCCAGCAGAACGGAAGCAGGCAUUAAUGAGGAAUCUGUUGACUCCACUCAUGGAGAAGUUUAAAAUUCUGUUAGAAAAAUUGAUGCUGGCGCAGGACGAAGAAAGGCAGGCAUCUCUUGCAGACUGUCUCAACCACGCUGUUGGAUUUGCCAGUCGAACCAGCAAAGCUUUCAGCAACAAGCAGACUGUGAAACAGUGUGGCUGUUCCGAAGUUUAUCUGGACUGUUUACAGACGUUCUUGCCAGCCCUCAGUUGUCCCUUACAAAAGGAUAUUCUCAGAAGUGGGGUUCGCACGUUCCUUCAUCGCAUGAUUAUUUGCCUGGAGGAAGAAGUCCUUCCGUUCAUUCCAUCUGCUUCAGAACACAUGCUCAAAGAUUGUGAAGCAAAAGACCUCCAGGAAUUCAUUCCUCUUAUCAACCAGAUUACAGCCAAAUUUAAGAUACAGGUAUCCCCAUUUUUACAACAAAUGUUUAUGCCUCUUCUUCAUGCAAUUUUUGAAGUUUUGCUCCGACCAGCAGAAGAAAAUGACCAGUCUGCUGCUUUAGAGAAGCAGAUGUUGCGCAGGAGUUACUUUGCUUUCCUGCAAACAGUCACAGGCAGUGGAAUGAGCGAAGUCAUAGCAAAUCAAGGUGCAGAGAAUGUAGAACGAGUGUUGGUAACUGUUAUUCAAGGAGCAGUCGAAUAUCCAGAUCCAAUUGCCCAGAAAACGUGUUUUAUCAUCCUUUCCAAGUUGGUAGAACUCUGGGGAGGUAAAGACGGACCAGUGGGAUUUGCUGAUUUUGUUUAUAAGCACAUUGUCCCUGCAUGUUUCCUAGCACCUUUAAAACAAACCUUUGACCUGGCAGAUGCACAAACAGUAUUGGCUUUAUCUGAGUGUGCAGUGACACUGAAAACAAUUCAUCUCAAACGGGGCCCAGAAUGUGUUCAGUAUCUUCAACAAGAAUACCUGCCUUCCUUGCAAGUAGCUCCAGAGAUAAUUCAGGAGUUUUGCCAAGCACUUCAGCAGCCUGAUGCUAAAGUUUUUAAAAACUACUUAAAGGUGUUUUUCCAGAGAGCAAAGCCCUAAGGACUGGAUCUCCCUGUGCCUACUUCAUGAUCAGGAAUUCCAAUUAAUAAUCUAUAAAGAAACAGUUUUUGUGUGCCAUUCACACUGGUCUUUUUAACACUGCUUUGAGCUUAUUGCAGUAUAUGCAUUGGGAUUUUUUUGUAAAAUGGGUGUAAUUUUCCCUAAAUUACUGGUAUGUGACAACUAGAGAAGUUGCUUGCAUGCCAAUUCAAAUCGUUCUAUAUAAAAAUGCUGUUAUAGGAUACAGCAGAGUUAUCCUAGUACCUUUUUUUUAACUUGAAAAUUUAAGUCCUUUAUAAAGACCAUAGCAGGAAAACAGUGUACUUUUUUUUAAUUGCUGAAUAUAAAAUGUUUGAAAAUUUUAAUUUUCUCUUAUGUGUGCAGACUCAUGAAGUAUGGGGGAAAUACAACAAAUCAAAACUAAUUUUUUGUAGAUAGCCAUUACAUUUCUUUAAACUGUUUCAACGCCAAUGUGUAUUCUACAAAAGAGAAUGGUUUCAUAAAUUAACUGAUUGAAGAGUAGGUGCUGGUGUUAUACAUUUUUUAUAAAAAAAGAAAAGGAAAUAAAUUUUACGUAGUGAAAUCUA